AUGCUUAGAACUUUAUCAAGAAACCCUACCUUUUCGCAUAUACAUAGGUACCAAAUACGGUACCGAAAAUCACUGGGCCGUAAAAUACGUGAUUUUAUAAGUAAUUCGCAUACAAUACUGCAUCCUAUACUAAAAUUAUUAUUUCCCAAUUUUAUUGCCGUCCAUUAUUUUUACAUCAUUUCUUUAACUAUAUUGUGCACCAUUUUAAUGUAUCCCGUUAGGAAUCAUAAAUACAUUGAUAUUUUGGUCUUUGCGGCCAGUUCUACAUCACAGGGUGGGCUAAAUACUAUUGAUGUUCAAAGUUUAUGUUUGUAUCAACAGAUUAUUAUAUAUCUGGUGACUUUGUUAACUACUCCAAUUUUUAUUCACUCGACUCUAGCAUUUGUUAGAUUGUAUUGGUUCGAAAGAUAUUUUGAUGGGAUUAGGGAUUGGAGUGAGAAAAAUUUUAAGAUGAGAAGAACCAGAACAAUUCUACAAAGAGAAAUGACAAAUAAAAACAUUAACAAUAAUGGUUUUGGGUUUAAUGAUGGCCACCAUAAAAGAGAUACUCAUUUUAAUAGAUAUUUUACACAUACUAUGACACAGCCCAUAUCUUUGCAUUCAAACAUAAGAACAAGUCAAAGAAGAACACAAACUAGAAAUCACAAUUCGAAUAGAAAAAACGGAAAACUAGGAAGUACCCGCAACACAUACAAUGCUAAUAAUAUUCAUGCUAAUACCAAUGACAACAACAGUAGAAAUGAGCUUACUACCACCAAUAACAAUGAUAACACGAACGAUGAUUUUCAAGCUAGGUUAUUUAGAGGGGAAAUGGUAUGUAGAGAAGAGAACGAUGAUGAGGAUGAAGUUGAAACAGGAAAAAACCUUACCAACAAAACAAAUAUCGAUAAAAAUAUUGCCACUCCAGAUGAUGGUUCAAAAUUGCACCAUAAAAUUGCUAUUAAAUUCAGCGAUAAUGAUAACAUUAAUAAUCAAAGAAGUGGCAUUACCUUUGCCGAUUCACCAGUACCGCGGAAGAGAAAUAAAAGAUAUAAUCAAAUCAAUAAUAGACCAAGAAUGAGUAGAUCAAUGUCAAACGCAUCAUCGAUUAAUUCAUUUAGAUUCCCCAACAAAUAUCGUCCUACAAUGCCCACCCUUCCAACUAAGAAACUUAAGGCUAAGCUACCGAAUAGUCCUAAAAUGUACGAGAAAUUUAAACAUAGGCGGAAAAGUCAUGAUAUAAACCCAGCAGAUAUGUACAGAUCUAUUUCGAUGUUAAGAAAACAGAAUAAAAAACACAAAUAUAAUCGUAAUAAGGUUAAGGGCAUCACUGAUAACAGUGAUUCUGAUGUUGCUACCACUAAUGAUGAAGACGACGAAGAUAAUGACGACGAAGAUGAUGAUGACGAUGAUGACAUUAACGAGCCUGCUUUAGUAAUCAGAGGACCAAAUGAUGCUACUUCAGACUCAACUGUUUUAAAUUCAGAUGAUGUUUUCACAUCAGACGGCAAUGAUAAUUAUAGGACCGACGAAGAUGUGGACAAUGUGGACAAAAGUUCUCAAAAUGAGAAUAUUAAUGACGGGGAUGGUAUUGAGUCAAUCCACAAUGACAAAUCGAAUAACGGGGGGUAUAUUCAUGCUGACAACACCAACGAUCACUAUACAGAUAAUGAUUCCAAAGGUUACCAUAACGUAAGUGCAUACGAUGGUAAACAACUGGUUUCUGAUGGGAACAUACGCGAAUAUGAACACCAUUUACAAAAAUACGAACAUAACAAUGCCCCUUAUAAAGAUAACAAUAGUACCUACUUGCCACCUAAUAAUUAUGGUGCUGAACCCACUAUUCACUUUAAUGUCCCAAAACAAACCCGGAGGAUUACCAAAAAUGGAAAUAGUGCCCCAAACAAUACCGGUACUACCAAUAAAGAACUUGGUUUUAUUAGAAAGGUCUUAUCUAUUGGAUCCGAUAAAAAUACUGGCAGAAAUAGUGACAGCGACCAUAUAUUUAGCCAUAAUUAUGAAGAUAACCAUUCGAGGGAGAAUUCUGAUUUUGUUAAGCAUGAAAAUGAGGAUAGAGCUUCAAAAUACAGAGAGUAUGAUUAUGAAGAUACUAAUUAUCUCAAGGAACACGGCAGUUCUGUCCCUAUUUUAAACCAAGAUAUAUCUAGGGCGAGAACUGGACUUGCAUUUCCAUCUUCAGCAAUUAACCAUUCUACAACCACUGUGGCUAAUACAAACACCGAACAAGACCAUGGAAGUAGCAAUGGCAACACAGGCAUACGUUUACACAAAAGAUCCAACACUUUACAAUUUGUUGAUCCAGAAGAACUGGAUUUAUUAACUCAAGAUCCAGAAUUCCAGCGAGAAAUUUAUUAUAAAUGGAAGGAAGAAAAGAAAAGAGCAAAACGGAUGAAACGAAACAGCUACAAUCAUGGUCAACCUUUUUUUAACAACAUGGAUUUAAAUAGUGUUAAUACCAAAUACAGAGGAUAUGGCGAUAACAAAUAUCAUAACGCAUUAAACCAAAUGAAACGCCAAUUAACUUCCUUAACAUCACAUCAUCAUUUGAUUAAUAACAACGCUGAAGAUAGUAACAGUGAGGAUGAUGAGAACGAGGACACAGGAGAAGAAGAUGAAGAAGAAGAUGAUGAUAAUGAAGAUGAUGAAGAUGAUGAUGAUGAUAAUAAUGACGAAUACAUUGAUUUGGAAUCGCUGGAUACCAAAGAUGCUCAAGAAGAUUAUUUGCCAAGAUCAGAAUUGAAAUAUAGUUUUACUAACAACCCUGCAUUUGUUGUUGGUCGUAAUUCCACCUUUGUGGGUCUAUCAGACGAUCAAAAAAAAGAAUUGGGUGGCGUGGAGUAUAGCUCCAUUAAAAUAUUGUGUAAAGUGUUAGUGGUAUAUUACAUUGGGUUUAAUAUAUUGGCAUUUGUUAUGUUUGUUCCUUGGAUCGAUAAUUUAAAAACAAAUGCUGCGAGAAAAUAUCAACGUAUUUUAAAAGAUGAUGCGAUUAGCCCUACUUGGUGGGCAUUUUUCACCUCUAUGAGUAGUUUUUCCGAUUUGGGAUUAACUUUAACACCAGACAGCAUGAGUUCGUUCAACCAUGCUUCAUAUAUCUUAAUUGUCAUGAUAGUUUUAAUUAUUAUAGGUAAUACCGGAUUUCCCAUCACCCUUAGAUGGAUCAUAUGGGCAUUAUAUAAAUUAUCGCCCGAUUUAUCCCCCAGAAAAGAAAGUUUUAGAUUUUUAUUGGACCAUCCCAGAAGAUGUUUUACUUUAUUAUUUCCCAAUGCACCAACAUGGUGGUUACUGUUGACCUUAGUUUUUUUAAAUGGGUUCGAUUGGAUUAUGUUUUUAAUUUUAGAUUUUCGUUCCAGUUUAGGCAAAAAUUUGGGGAAUGGUUGGUACCGAGUUUUAAAUGGAUUAUUCCAAGGUGUUUCCACAAGGACUGCUGGAUUCACUUCAAUGAGUUUGAAUGAACUUCAUCCUGCAGUUCAAGUUUCCUAUUUGGUUAUGAUGUAUGUUUCUGUUAUGCCACUAGCCAUUUCCAUCAGAAGAACCAAUGUUUAUGAAGAGACUUCAUUGGGAAUUAUGGCCAAUGCAGAACCGAACGCCAAAAAUACUUUGGAUCAGGCAGAAGAGUAUGAUGAAGCGGAAGAAAACCGUAAUGAAGAUGCUACCAAUUCUGCCAAGGAUGCACAUAAUCAAGAGAGCACAAAAUCAUUUAUUGGUGCGCAUUUAAGAAAGCAACUAUCUUUUGAUUUAUGGUUUAUUUUUUUGGGACUAUUUUUAUUAUGUAUUAUCGAAGGGAGAAGAAUUAAAGAUGUGAAUGAACCAUAUUUUAAUAUUUGGCAGAUUUUAUUUGAGGUGAUUAGUGCUUAUGGUAAUGUUGGAUUAAGCUUGGGAUAUCCUAAUUCAAAUCAAUCUUUUUCUGCACAAUUUUCAACAUUGGGAAAAUUGAUUAUUGUAGCAUUAUUAAUCAGAGGGAAACAUAGAGGGUUGCCUUAUAAAUUGGAUCGUGCUAUUAUGUUGCCCAGUGAUAAAUUAAGAAAAUUCGAUAGAUUAGAAGAAUUAAAAAACAAUCCUACUUCCUUAAGCGAUAAUUUUUCGAAAACACACACUAACAUGUCUGUAAAUAGAUCUGCCUCUAAUUAUAACAAUCGGUAUAUUGACGAUGAGAACAACAACAAUUAUGACAAGGAAAUUUCCUUGGCUAGAACAAGGUCUAGAGAUCCUGUUUUGGAAUACUUGAAAAGAAAGCGUAAUAAUUUUAGGGCUAAUUUUAGUCAUACAAGUGCCGCCGUUUUAAAUUCGACCAAGAAUUUAAACCAUGAUCAAAGUGACCGCAGCUACUCUAACAGGCAUAGGAGAAAUGGCACAUAUGGUCAAAGACUGAACCACUAUAAUACGAGUGGCUAUGAUGGUGAUUACGACGAGGAAUGGAGUGAUCAAGAUCAUCAAAAUAGCGAGCAGGAAAGAUUGAGUAGAAACGAUGAUUUUUUUCAAAAUAUAGAGGAUAUUGACGAUGAUAAUAACUAUGAGAACUUUGAAUCAAGAAGUAUUGCUAAUGGCGAGUUACCUCAGAUACAUCAUGUUAGGAAAGAUGCAGAAUCAGAAAGUAGUAGUAAUACAUCUGAAAAUAAUAAGAAGAACCAACAUAAUGGCGAAAACGUUACUUUUAAGUUAACAAAAACGAACCAUUCAUUAUAG